CAUAUUUUACGUAUUCUGACGUACAUUGACAAAAAUGGGACAUGGAAUCAACUUCAGUGACCGCAAACGACUUAUUCUAAAGACAAAAUGUGUCACGUCCUAGCCAACGCAUGCACAUACGCGCGGGUGCUCAGUGACGCCGCGAACACGGCAUGGAUGCACGUUGCGUACCCCAGAGGGAAUAGCGCGUGUGUGAUCCCGGCGCCGCGUCCGGAGCCCGCGGCGGGACGGCGCCAACGGGAUCCACACCUCUGCCCCCACCUUCUUCAUACCACCAGACGUGCGGCCUCCGUCGAGCGAGCGCGCGGCCACCGUCGCGAUCGACCAGACGCGGUGGAACAGGGUCCUAUCCGGCCGUUACCCCGCUGAUAUAUAGCGCCGCGUCUCCGGCACUGUUCGGUCGCAGCUCUGGGCACGCCUCCUCCUGGCUCUCGCCGGUGCCGGACGCCACCUCGACCUCGUCCUAUCCUACCGUGGUGGCAGUUGAUCAAUGGAGGAGCUCGACGAGUUCGAGGUGCUCUGGCCGGAGUACUACGCCGGCCUCGCCCACGCCGACGAUGACCAGCACAAGCCGCUGCCGUUGGCGUCGAGCGUGCACGCGCAGAGCGCGGCCACGCCGUGGCAGCGGCGCGCGGCACGGUCUCGGCCGGUGGACGUUCCUCCCACUCCCAGCAGGGCCGCCGUGCUGUUGCUACGGUGGAAAGACGGUACUGACCAUGACGACUUGGCGGGGAAGGACGGCGGUGGGAAGAAGAUCAUCGUGCCGCCGCACCUGCUGGUCUCCGGCAGGCGGCUGUCCGACGGGGAGGCCGCGGCGGCGUGCACGCUGCUGCGGUCGGGGGCGGCGAGGCACGGCAAGCGGGCGCGCGACCUGCGCCACCUGCGCAACUCCGUGCUGCGGAUGACCGGCUUCAUCGAAGGAUGACAUGCACCGAUGCACGUACUAGGUCGUCCUAUGUUUGGGGUUACUAUUUCAAUUUGUAUGUCAGAAAAUGGUCAAAUGAGUUUGAACCGGUCCGUACGUGGCAUCAAUCUAGUGAGUUGGUACGUGCAUGAUUCCUUCCUCCAAAUUAAGCUUACAUGUGCGUUAUCAAUGAAUAUGUUACUGUAUGAAAGUGCCUAAAAAAACUUGUUGCUAUCAAUGGGAUUGGCUAGCACUAAGUUCCGAGCCAACCUAUCUUGCCGUGUGAGAACUCUGUCAAAUAUUGGUCAAACGAAGCAAGUUUACACAGGACAGAAAUUCCGCCAUUGGUAAGUAG